ACUCCUUUGUGUAGAGCGCGGAUAUUUCAAAAAUAACGACUCAGUUCAGUAGCGUAAACAAGUUGGAUCUACUGCUGCUCAUGUAAACAUUAAGCAGUGGUGUAAAGUAACUACCGUAGAUUGUGAACAUCAUGGAGUCCAUUACUGAUCCAAACAUGAGUGUCGGCUUCACCAGUGCCAUGGAGGAGAUCCACAACGAAUACCUGAAGACGUUCGGGGAGAUCAUCGACCAGACGACAGAGCUGUGCCAGUCCCACAGAGAGUUUGUGAAGUGUGCAGUAGAUACGUGUUUAAAGAAGUGUAAGGAUGAUGAGAUGCUGUUUGAGACAAUAGAAACAUUCAAAAGAGACUUGGUACAAACAAGUGCAUCAUUAAAAGUGAAAAGGCAUGCCGUUUCUGAAAUGAUAUCCGAGAUUGAGCACAAGGACGUGCAGAAAGAAGACAUCAUCCAGAAGAUAGAGACACUUAAAGAAGAACAAUCCAAGAGAAAAGAGUUAAUUCUGUCUCAACACAAGACAAACAAAAACAGACUGAAGUAUCUCAAGAAAGCCAGAGGGGUCUUUCAAGAUCAUUUGGCGAUGGAGAUACGAACAAUCUCUGGCAAAACACAAGUGGUUAAAGGUGAAAAGCUGCAAUUUAUUUUCCGGAAUAUCAACCCUUCAGAUCUGAAGAGCGCUUACAUUGUCACAUUGGGCCUCAAUCAAGACGGAUCAUACCAGAUUGUGUCCAGUGACCCCGCGCUCGGGUGUUUGCCAGUCCUGGAGAGCCAGCUUCAGAAGACCAAUAAGUUACCAACAUUUCUGGCUAGCGUCAGAAAGGAGUUUAUUUCUCAGGCACGCCGCUGAGAUUGGAAGGAUGGGAGAAAGAUAUAGCAUGCGAUGAGGACUAAUGUUGAUCAAAGCUUUCAGUCUGUAUCUACAAUACAGAUCUGCUAACAAGGAUUCAACUGCUUUGACAAAUAGGGGUUUAAUAUACAUUUCUGUGGGUAACAAUUCAAAUACUAUAUUAGAAAUAUCUGGACUUAUUGCACAAAUACUGGGGUAAUGUGUCAUCACAAAUGUCUUGUUUCAUCAUUGAGCAUGGACUUGUAAACAUUUUAGUGGAAACCUCUAUCUAAAUCUUAAAAAUUCAUCAUUCACAUAUUGGGUCAAAAGCUUUCAUUUGUUUUUUCCUUUCAUUAUUCAAUUUAAAGUAGAUGGGGAUAAUCAUAACUUUAAUAACUCUCCCUUGCUUCAUUUUUCCUUAAUCAUAUAUAUAACAUAUUUAUCAAACAUUCGCUAAUAGUUAAGUUCAUCUGCGCAUAAAUAAUGGUGAAAAUUAUUAUUUAGGUGUUAAAUUCACAGAUGCAUACAGCAUUAUAAAAUAACUCCAUGGAGAGCACAGACAAAAAGUAUAAAGGAAUGUAUAGACAUUUUAAUGAAUGCUUUAUUUGUUAUUAAACAUUUGAGUAUAUACAGUAGUAUAGUGCUGUACAAUGAACAUAAUCAGUCAGAACAAACACAACUUGUAGUUUUAGUUGGUACGAGUCUUUCAGUUGUUGCCAUUACAUUUUCAUCAGUGCAGAAGUGAAUCUCUGAUUCAGGGUGUUUUUGAAUAUGAGUUGUGUCAGGCAUCCGAUGACUUGAUGCUGCUUAACACAGGCAGCUCCUCCACAUACGUUGAUGGGAAAUGACCUGUCUUCCCAUCAAGUUUGCCAAACCACCAACCAUUCUCUUCCUUUCCACAAAUGUCUAGAAGAUCUCCUGUGACCAAAAACAUUUUACAAGAUUACAAACCUCUACUGUUUUGGAAUUUCUUUCUGCACUUACGUUGUUACUUACCCUCCUUCAGAGUCAAUUCAUCAUCCUGUUCAGGUGUGAAGUCGUACAGGGCCUUGCAUUUUCCUAUGCUGCACAGCUCUGGUGUUAUUUUACCUGUUUAAUGUUAAAAAAUAUUUUACCUGUUUAAUGUUAAAAAAUCAAUCUUUGUGUUACUCUGAAAAUGUCUUGCCUUGUUCUUUGUCAUUAUUGGUGUGAGGCAGGGCUCCAUUAACAGUGCUGUCACACUCUGCAGCCUCGUGUGUUGUGGAAGUGACUUGUUCCACAGACGGCUGUGUCACAAACUGAGCCGGUCCUUUGUAAAUGAUGGAAGCUCUCAGGGACUGUCGGGACCUGAAGGGAGUCCUGCGGAGCUUCACUGGACGAGUCAGUUGAACAACGCUGUGCUCACAGUCCUUAAACAGACAAACAGUGUGUGUUUAAUAAUUACGAUACAUACAUUUUUUAAAUUAUAUGUACAGCACUUUGGCUCGACCAAAAAUCGUUUAAAAAUGUGUUAUAUAAAUAAAACUUGAUUUGAUUUACGAGGCUCUACAGAUAACGGUAUAUGCCGUACAAACACUCGCUCUAACACUGGAAAUCCCAGGAUUAAUAUGUUUGGAAAAUAUAUCCAUGUUGUGUUAUUAAUAGUUUGAGACACCAUUCAUUUUUAAAAUAUAAUUCAUGCAACCAAAAA